UUCAGGCGCAGAUUUAGGCAGGAAUCGUGAGGAGAUGAGAAAGAAGAAGAGGAGGAGGAGGAGCAGUGGGCAGUUGGUAGAAGGAGGAGGGAAUCCAGAUGGAAAGGAGCAGCCCGCGGCUCCGCUGCAGAGAGAAGGAGAAACCCGAGGAGAAGAUGCGGGGAGCCUCAUCUUUGAAAUGAAAACCACUUUCAUCAAACGCUCAACAAUCGGAUUUCACUGAUUGUCGCCAUGUAUUUUGGUAAUGUUUGUCACAGUGCUCUGCCACCUCUGGCUCGUCCCAUGCUGGGCAGGACCCAGCCCUCCCCUGACCUGAAAGCCCUCCUGCCCUUCCACCUGCUGCCUGGCUUCUCAGACAUGGAUCACAUCCACAAAGCUCUGUUUAGCCCUGGUUUCGGGCUAACCUCCCCCUUGAAGAGGAAGGCCAGUUCCUGUGGUGUCUGUCGCCUUAGAUUCAACUCUGAGGCUCAAGCCUCUUCCCAUUAUAGUGGCACAAAACAUGCAAAAAGGCUGAAAGCUCUGGAUGCCCCAGAUUCAAAGAUCAGGACCCCUGAACCAGUCGCUAAGGAAACCACAUCGCAAAUCCUCUUGGCACCCUGUUUGCAGCCCUCCAACUCUGACAUAACAUCAGAAGAGUCAUCAGUCCCAGACCCAACCUCAGAAACAGCGCCAUCAAGCAGUGAAAUUUUUAUCGAGUCUUCUGACCACUCCUUGCCAGCCAGUCCAAGAACAACAGAGAAAGAGACACAGAAAGAUGCAGUGGUAGAGGUUCCUGAGGAGGAGACAGAAGAAGAGAAAGCCAUACGUCUUCUUUACUGCUCCCUCUGCAAGGUGGCUGUCAACUCAGCCUCUCAGCUGCAGGCCCACAACAGCGGUACUAAGCACAAAACCAUGCUUGAGGCCAGAAGUGGCGAUGGGGCCAUAAAGUCAUUCCCGCGGAUGGGAGUCAAAGCCAAGAUGGCCACUCCGUCUGAAUUGUCUACUGGACUCCAGAAUAAAACUUUCCAUUGUGAAAUCUGCGAUGUGCACGUCAACUCAGAGACUCAGCUCAAACAGCACAUCAGCAGCAGGAGGCACAAGGAUAGAGCAGCAGGUAAACCAGCCAAGCCGAAGUUCAGCCCCUACACUCCCACCCAGCGCCACCAGAGUCUGCAGGCGAUAAGGCUGAGUCUACGGAAGAACCAAGACCUGAACAAACCUCUGGCCUCCUGUCUCAUGCAGCGUCAACUCUCCGUUGCUGCCGCUGCUGCCAUGGCAUCGAUGCCCCCUUUCCCUCUCCAGCCAGCCACAAACUCUAGCCCUGCCCUGUUUCACAGUCAGCCCCUCCCCCAGGCGCUGCUUCAUCCAGCCCCCGGACCCAUCUGUUCAACACACACAUCGGUCUUGUUUUCCCCGUACUGACACUGUUGAUGACUCAGUCAGUUCAGAACUACAGCGAAGCAGACGUGAGACCUGAUCAAGAUGUGAAAUAAAACAGCACUCCCUGUUCUCCACAGCAUCAACAGUCUGUCACCAACCAGAUUUGAAGAGCUGGGACCAAAACCGUAAGACAGAUUACAGUGAAGAAAUAUAAAGCAGCAAAUGAGAGAAAGCAGAGUAUUUUCAGGUGUGAGGGUGACUUUGUACAGGUGCAUGCACAGAUGUAGCUGUCACAGAAGUGCAGCGUUCCCCAUUUCUAUUGUAUAGAAUGGUGUUCUUCUGUCAUGGCUAUAACUGUGUUUGCAUAUAGAGUGGUUUGCAAAACUAUGGGCACCCUGGUCAAACUGAUUUUAUUGUGAAUAAAAUAUUAUUUUCUCAAA